GAGAAGUUCACAUGGUCGGCUAUUUGUCGAGUGCAGCCUGUUUGUCAGGCCAGGUCGUUUGACAGCUGAGCUGCUUCAACUUCAAGGUGGGGCAGCAGCAAAUCUUUGAGUUCAGGAAAACCUUCAAAUCCAAGAGCUGGCGGAUGGUGCCAAUCUGGAAAAGAGGAAGUGCAUUGUGCUUUAGAGAUCAUUGUAGAUUGAGUAAGAAUGGAGCCCGCUGAUGGUGGAGGUGCCAAUGCCCCCAAGGUCAAGGCAAAGCCUGUGCAAUGGACCGAAGCGGAGAUAGACGCAUUACAGAGGGCGCUCAAAAAGCACGGGAAUCGGUGGACAGUCCUCAAGCAGGAUCCAGAGUUUGCCACUCUAUUGUGGAGGCCCAUUGGGAGUCUCCAGAGCAAAUGGGCAGCGAUCAACCCGAGCAAGCGCGACACCGGCCUCUCCCCAGGGGGGACCAAGCGCAAGGACCCCCCCAGCGGAAAGAAGGGCGUCAAAAACCCCAGGCAGACCAAGCGGGUCUCUCCGGGGGAGCUCCUGGCUCGGGCCUUUGACACCGCCCCGACGCUCUCCGAAUUGUCAGUGCAUUCUGAGGCUGAGGAGGACGAGGGGGCAUCAAAGGAGGUGGCCGACAGUCUGGUGGAGCACCUGAUGGAGCAUGACAAGCAGAUGAACGGGCUCGGAAGCGUGGAGGGGGGGAACGAGGGGGGUUUGCACGGAGAGAGGGGGGCACACCCUGAGCCAGAAGCGGGGCAACAGGAUGGGGGUCCCACGAAAACGGAAACUGCAAAUGGUCUCGAAACUCCGGACGUGGGGCAUACUUCGGCGGAGGAGAAUGCGGGGGCGAAUUCAGGAGCGGCAGUGCCAAUGGAGAUGGAUGGCGCAGGUGCUGCGGAACACGAUGCGGGCGGAAUGGCGCAACCUGGGGGGAAUCCAACUGACGAACCCCGCACAGACGGCGGUCUUGCUGCGGACCAAGAACCGGGGCCGACACCGGAAGGCCCACAAUUAGCAGGGGGUGCUCGUCACCCUGACUUCGGAGGUUUGCAAGGGGCCAAUGAUUCUGCGAAUCCAAAACCUGAGCCUCGCUUCGAUUUGAACGAAAGCCACAGGCCCGAGCUGGGGGACCUAGCGGGGUUCGACGGCGUGGGCGGUUUCGGGGGAGCCGAAGCAAUGGCCGACGAGGGGCACUUCGAAGAUGCGCCGGAUGAUCGCCAAGUGGCGGGCCGGGAGCGGCUGGCGGAGAUCCAGCCGGGGGCGGGGGGACUGGACGAGUCGCUCGGGUUCUUUCCAGCGGAGGCGCUACCGGAGGAGGAAGAGAAUGCGGUGCUGGCAAAGAAGAGGGCGGAGAUCGCGGCGGUGGAGCGGAAGCUGCGCGUGCUGGAAAGCAGGCGGGAUGCAUGGAUGAGGGCGUUCGAGGCAAAGCGCACGCAGUAUUGCUCGCGGAUGGCGGACGUGGAGAUAACGUGCCGGAAGCGCGAGGCGGCGCAAGAGGAGCAGCGCAAGGUGGUCUAUCAGGAGAAGUGGGCGCUCGAGGCCGCGCGCCAAACGGCGGCACAGCUCGUGCAGGAUCUACUUGCUCUGGUCCCCGCCCCCGACAACAUCUCCCUCGACAAGCUGCACCCGUCGAUGGCGUGGGAGUCGACGUUCGGCCCGCAGUGCAUCAUGAAGCGCGAGAUCAUCCAGAAGGGGUUCGACAAGCGGCAGCGCGCGGUGGGCAUGCUCAAGGCCGCCGCGCUCGACGCGCGCCGCAAGAAGCUGACCAUGGCUCGUAAGCUGGGGCUGGACGCGCGGGACGAGGAGCUCACAGAGGAGGCGCUACAGGCGUCCCCCGAGUUCCGCGCGUUCAACGAGAAGCUGGACGAGCUGAAGCAGCAGAUGGAGGCGGACCUGACGGAACUAGAGGCGCGGGAAAAUGCGGCGCGGGGCGCGUGGGUGGCGUUCCAGGGGAAGGGCGAGACGGUGCACGAGGCGGAGGCGAAGCUGAAGGCGCUGCUCAAGGAGGGGCAGCUCAAGAAGUCGCGGGGAAAGCAGGCGCGCCAGACCAUGUAGAUCGGGUUAAGAUGACCAGCGAAGGAGACUAAAAUGUGGAAGGACGUUUGAUUGGAAUGGACGUUCAGCAAGGGGUAACGCGCAGGCGGGGGGGAAAGUGAGGGAUGGAAGCUUCGGUUUUGGGAGCUUGGUCGAGAGCGGUGCUGAUCAGGGUCAAAGGACGCACGACCUUUAGAGCGAACUUGUGGAGCCCUUGCAGGAUGUCAGGGCGAGGCAGUCAGGGUAUGCCCUUUGGGUCAAGUCGCCGCAGCCCAGCAUGGCGCGGACCAGAAAGGGAGCAACCUUUGUGCAUAGAAUGUGCAAAACGAAACACGCAGGAGAAAAGCUUGAGGGUCAGCUUGGCUGCGGGCCCGUCACCUGUCAUACUUGAGUGGGCGAGGCGGCUGCCACCGAAGUACGUUCUCAAUCAACGAGGCUGCUCUGCAAGGCAGGUUAGAGAUACUACAGGGGGGCACGUUUCGCAGGUCGGUGGGGCAGUAGCCUAGGAUGUCGUGUGCUGUGGCUGUGGCUCGUUAGAUGAAAGCCGGCUGUGGAGGCUGGGUAAAGCAUCAUUGCUGAGAAGAGUCCAUAGGCCCUCGAAGAUGAUAUGUCGAAAAUAAUGCUGAAGCUCUUGAUAAGGGCGCAAACUUGUAAAAUUGGAACGCGUCCAAUUUGUAAAGCGAAUUCAUAUUGGAAGAUUUGCAGCAGAUUUACG